AUUCAAAUUUAAAUGUGAGAUUCGGUCCAAUCGUGUGACAGAGGGGCGGAGCUAAGGGACUACUUCUAGUCAAGUUAGGUCGGCCUCGCAGAGAGGCACAUAACAGUUGCGCGUUUUCCUCAUUCACUCGUUUACAACUUGACUCGCAGAGAACAGAGUAAUCGCAGCCAUGACAAAGGACCCGAAUAAGCCCAGAGGGAAAACCUCCUCCUACGCCUUCUUUGUGGCGACCUGCCGCGAGGAGCACAAGAAGAAGCACCCGGGGACGAGCGUCAGCUUCUCAGAGUUCUCCAAGAAAUGCUCCGAGAGAUGGAAGACCAUGUCGGCCAAGGAGAAGGUGAAGUUUGAGGACAUGGCCAAGAACGACAAGGUCCGAUACGACCGGGAGAUGAAGACGUACGUCCCACCGAAAGGCGCCAAGAAGGGCAAGAAGAAGAAGGACCCCAACGCACCAAAGAGGCCACCCUCCGCCUUCUUCGUCUUCUGCUCCGACCACCGUCCCAGGAUCAAGGAGGAAAACCCCGGCAUCUCCAUCGGCGACAUCGCCAAGAAGCUGGGCGAGCUGUGGGCCACGCAGACGUCCAAAGACAAGCAGCCGUACGAGGCCCGGGCCGCCAAGCUCAAGGAGAAAUACGAGAAGGACGUCGCCGCCUACAAAGCCAAGAGCGGCUCAGGGAAGAGCGACGCCGGUAAGAAGAGCGGACCGGGCCGGCCCGCCGCCAAGAAGGCGGAGCCAGCCGACGACGACGACGACGACGAUGACGAGGACGACGAGGAGGACGAUGAAGACGACGACGACGAGGACGACGACUAAGUGGUUUGAGGAUGUGAAGUUUGUUGUUCAGCCUAACUCCUGAUUGUGUUUUGGUUUUGUUUUUGUUUUUUUUGUUUUUCUGGUGUGUAUGAUUCCAUCAGUAUAGCCUGCUGUCCCUGUGGGUCGGCCUCGGUGUCGGACCUCUGUUCCUUUUUACAAUUCAGGGAUUUAGUUUUUAUUGUCACUUAGUCCCCGUACCAUUCAAUAUCUUUUGUUUUUGUUUGUUUUAAACGUUUUCUGCUGUAUUGUUACAUCGUAGAUCCUCGUUGCCAUUUAAACGGGCGGCCAGAUAUCAGAUUUUCUCCUUCCUCCUCCUCCUCCUGUGACAAAUGCAACGGACUGAGACUCGUGUAACGUGCAGCGGACUAGCGGCAAGCCGGUAAAUUUAAAAAAAUAAAAUAAAAUUAAAAAAAAGCUCGUUUUCUGGAAGCACUGCUGGCGUUUUGUGUUCAACGCGGUGCCGUUCUCUUCACUGUCAUUUUACCGCCAGGAUUUAUCUCUAGAUGGGUUAAAAAUGUUUGCAGCCAUUUUAAUGUGGAACUUUGACAACUUUGUAGAAUGGAUUUCUUUUUUUUUUUUGUAAUAAAAUUUUGUAUAUUGAUUAUAAACGUGUGAAGCGCUGUGUCUGUUCAACGUUCAGAACCAUUUCAGUCCAGAGAUUCACCACGAAUUCUCACAAUCUGAGUUUAAUCCCACUUACUAUCGGAACCGGCCACUUCAUUGGGUCAGUAAAUCAUCACGAAGGUUGAUUUCAUUGUAACGGCCUUUUUUUGUUUUUUAAGGAAAUACUAAACUAAAUUGAAGGAAAAAACGUGGAUAAAUUUAACUAUAAAAUAGAAAUGAAAGAACAGACCAAAUCUGGUUGGACUGCGUAAAAACAUUAAAUGUAAACAAUACUAAUCACACAUGUCCUACGAAUGAGGACAGAUGUCAGGGAAAUUCUCAUUUAAUAUAAUCAAUAUAUUGUAUAAUUUACUAUUUUUUUUUUUUACGAUGUUUCUUUUUCUGUUUGACACUGGAAUGAAUUGAAAUGUCCAAAAUCGGAAGAAAAAUGAAUGGACCCUGGUUGGAAUUCAAGAUUAACAUUUCUCUCGCACAUAAAAAUAUACAGAUAAAAUAAAACAAAAUGCAAAGGUUCUGGAUAAGAGAAAAAUAUAGUGACUAAAUAAAAUCGGCCUCCAUACAACAGUACAGUUGGUUUUACUCUCAGUAACUCCACAAUAUUUAGAUUUAAAUGACUUCACUCGUGGACAGAAGUAAAGAACGCAGCAUCUUUUGGUUGUUUUUAUGUGGAUGUUACUGAGACGUGGCCUCCACUCAGACCUCAGACCAGCUGCUGCUGGACCUCCUAUAGAUCCAGGAUCAGGACCAGAGUCCAUGGAUCCUUUUAGGUGGUGAACUCUGGACCAUCGACCCUUUUAUAUCUUGGCCUUCAGUCCAAGUUGAGCAGGAUAUCAUGGAUUUAAAUAUGCAACCACUGUUUUCACAGUUGUACUUCGUUUAGCUCAUAAUUAUUAGUUUUCUACUAACAGGAUUGUUGAUUAAUUCACAUUUGUUCUGCUUGUACACUUUGGUUCAACUGAGGUUGUUUUUAAAUGUGCUCUAGAGAUAAACUUUGACCUGACACAAUAUUAGGAAGGUGGUCAUAAUGUUAUGAUGUAUCUUGACCGUACGCUGUUUUCAGAGUUGUGAUUUGGCCUUUUUACUUUUUAUCAUUUCUUAUUUUCACCAGUUUUGUUCAGCUCCUCUACAACUCCUAUAAUGUUUGACCAAUGAAUAUAAAUAAAUAUUUUAUAAAU